UCUUCAAGGAUCUCCGAGAGCAUUUCAAUGAUGCCGUAAAGGAAACACUGGACCUGUGGAAUUCCAGGUCACCUUUCGAGGACGACCUGCUUUGCUACAGACGAAUGCGAGACCUCAACCUCACGGAAGAGACUCAGGCUCUUCCGUCAAGGAGGACGACAACUCUCACCAGGUCGUGAUUGACGUGCGCGACUUCAUGGACGGCGACAUCAAGGUGAAGGUGGUGGACGACAGCGAACUGGUGAUCGAAGGCAGCGUCGAGAAGCGACGAGAUGGCGCCGUCUCGAAGAAGACUUUCUGUCGACGCUUCUCAUUCCCGGGUCUCUUGAGCGAAGACGCUGUGUCCUCGUCCAUGUCGGCAGAUGGAGUUCUUACUGUCACUGUUCCAAAGAAGAGUUCCUUGACAAACAACAAGGAGGGCCAAACUAUCAAAAUCACUGCCUCGCACAAAAAGUCUGCAGAUGCUACAAAGACUCACACGAACAUCACCAACAACGUCGAAACGAAACAAGUUAGUGUCGAAGGAAAACAUCAAAAUCGUCUGGAGUGAAAGUGGAAGAGGAUCAGACUCA